CUGAACCCGAAACAAAAUUUGUCGUUUUUCUCGGAACCAGACAGGAACCGUUAUUUCAUUUGGGUCCGGGCCCCUGUAUAUAAUAUGUAAAAUUCGUUUUACUGUAUUAAAAUUAAAUUUUCAUUAAACUUUUAACCUAAAAAAGGAAAUCAGACAACAUGGCAUAGUUUUAGGUUAUGUAAUAAUGUUUUUCUUCAGUGAUCAUACAUUUUUGUAUUUAAUAUUUUAUCAUCGAUAUAAAGAAAAUGAGAAUGUUCAAAUAUACUAAUUUAUUAAUUAUCGGGAAAAAUAUAUUGGAUAUUCAGGUACCUCAAUGUUGCAAUUUAAGGAAGUUUUCUAAUGCCUAUGAUUUAGAUUUAAAAUUAAACGGAAUUUCUUUAAAUAAUUAUGUUAGAUCUAUACAAAAUGAAUACUUUAAUAUUUGUAAAGGAAAUUCUGAAAAUAAAGAUAACAGUUGGUCAUUUAUAACACCAGUUGGGAGGCUUUUAGAAGAACGAGAUAAAGUAAUACAAAACCUUAAUAAUUUAACAGAAUUACUAAAUGAAAAUGAUAAAGAUUUAAAAUCAAUGGCCUUAGAAGAAAAAAUACAAUGGGAGGAAAAUAUAAACAAUAUAGAUAAUCAGUUGAUUUCUACCCUUUUACCAUUUGAUGAAAAUGAACACAAUUCAAUGGUUCUUGAAGUAAAUUCUGGUGUUGGGGGGCAAGAAGCAAUGCUUUUUGCUAAAGAGAUAUUUAAUAUGUAUUGUAAUUUUAUUCACUACAAGGGGUGGCAGUUGGAAAUAGCUGAUUAUCAAGAAACUGAUUUGGGAGGGAUUCGACAUGCUAGUGCAUUAGUAGAUGGAAAUUCUGUAUUUAAAUUUUUUAAACAUGAAACAGGGGUUCAUAGGGUUCAGCGUACACCAGCCACUGAGAAGUCAGGACGAAUACAUACCAGUACAGUUACAGUUGUUGCCCUUCCUCAACCAACUGAUAUUGAAAUUAAAAUAAAUCCCAAAGAUUUAAAAAUUGAAACAAAAAGAGCCACUGGGGCUGGAGGUCAACAUGUAAAUACCACUGAUAGUGCAGUAAGAAUAUCUCAUAUACCAACAGGAAUUGUGGUUGAAUGUCAAGUUGAUAGAUCACAAAUUAAAAACCGGAAAAUUGCAAUGGCUAAACUUAAUGCUCUCCUCUAUGAGAAAGAACUGAAUAACCAAACUGCAGACACUGAAGCUGCCAGAAAAAGUCAAGUAAAAUCAAAUUUUAGAAAUGAAAAAAUUAGAACUUACAAUUUUAAUCAAGAUAGAAUUACAGACCAUAGAUUGCAAGGUGUGAACAUUAAUAACUUAAAAGGAUUUCUAUUAGGAGGUGAACAGUUAGAGGACCUUAUUGAAACUUUGGAUUAUAAUAACAAAGUAAAUAAAUUAUUGGAUAUUGUUCAAAAUUUUAAUAAACAGUCAUAAGUAUUUUUUUAUAUAUUUAUUUUGUCCUACACACAGUUUUACACAAUUUAU